ACUAACAGAGCCAAACUCCUCUCCGAAUAGCCACAGAAACGCAAGAAAAAAUCAGAGCGAAGAGAGAUUGACGUUAACAUCUCACUCGAUCUCCAUCGUUCAUUCGUUUCCCAACAAAUUCGAUUAUUUUUCGUUCAUAAAUGCUCUGCAGCGUCGGCGUUCUCCUCUCACUUUCGACCAGAGAAGAGAGAGCAGGAGAAAUACGGAAUCUAUGGGCCUCGGAGCUGCGAUUCUUCGAGAAAAUAUCUGGAUUUUGUGAUUCCCUCUUCAAGGCUUGUUGAUUCAGCCAUCUGGGUUCGUGUUUCUGAUUACUCGACGAAGCUCUCGAAUUUCGCCCGAAGCCACAUGGGAUUGGCACUGAACUGGAGAUUCAGGGGAAGAUACGAGAGAUCGACACGAGUAUGUCCGUAGCGGGUUCUUUAGAAGUGGGUUUAAUCGAGGAAUCGUUCAACGCUCGAUACUCGUUAUGGAUCACAGAAGCUCUAGACGAGCUUCCCGACAAUUUCACCAUCACUGACCCGUGCUUGUCGGGUCACCCGAUCGUCUUCGCGAGCCGAGGAUUCCUGAAAAUGACGGGAUAUUCGAGGGAUGAAGUCAUCGGGAAGAACGGGAGGGGAUUUCAGGGACCCAUGACCAAUCGGAGAUCGAUCAUGGAGAUUCGAGAAGCGAUUCGAGAAGAGAGACCAGUUCAAGUGAGUCUGCUGAAUUACCGGAAAUCGGGCUCGCCCUUUUGGAUAUUGUUCCACAUGAGUCCUGUUUUCGGGAAAGACGACGGAAAGGUGAUUCAUUUCGUGGCGGUUCAAGUUCCGAUCUCUGGACAGCGGCAUCAUCGGUCGGGUUUCGGCGAGGAUUGGUCGGAUCGAUGCGAAACGGCGUUUGGGUCAUGUAGAAGGGAGGUUUCCUCGGGUUCUUUGGUGCGUUCUGGUCGGUCCCUGCAGCUGGAAUGGGACGAGAAAGCAGAAUUAGAGAAUUGGGAACACUGUGAAGCAAGCGAAUGCGAGAAGCUAAGAGCUGUAGCCGCCAUUAACAAUGUAUUAUCUGUUUUAACACAUUACAGUGAGUUAACUGGUAGAUUAGUCUGUGGAAACCGAUGCUGUUCACCUCGGACUGGCUUCCUCAGCUCCUCCUUGAUUAUAUCCCUUUGUAGAGUCAAACAAAGCUUUGUGUUGACCGAUUCACGCUUGCCCGACAUGCCUAUUGUUUACGCCAGCGAUGCCUUCUUGAGAUUGACUGGUUACAUGAGACAUGAGGUGUUGGGGCGAAACUGUAGAUUUCUGAGUGGAGCUGAUACAGAUUCCUUGGUUCUAUACGAGAUUAAGGAGAGCAUACAGAAUGAACGAUCUUGCACGGUGCAAAUACUAAACUACAGGAAAGACGAGAGUCCGUUCUGGAAUCUUCUCCACAUAUCACCAAUCCGUAAUGCUUCCGGCAAGACAGCUUACUUCGUGGGCGUUCAGAUGGAAAUAAGUUGCGAGAAGGUUGAAGCCAAAGGGCUGAGACCAGAGACGAGGCAACUCAGUGUCGUUGCUGCUGUUAGAGUUGCUGUCCGGGGUUCAUCAAUGGCGGCUUCCCUGCCCUAAAGAAGAAAGAAUGUACAGACCCUACUUGCUGUUCAUGUACGUAUAUAUAUGUACACACCAUUUUCAGUACAAAAACGUUUCAGCCCUUGUAUCAGCCAUCUGGAUAAUUUCACAAGAAAGUGAAUCUUUGAUGUUCUCCUCA